GCCCUGCAUUGCUAAAAGGAUGGACAACAACAUGUCAUUUCCAAGCCAUAUCCUUCAAAUCCAGGGUUUUGAAUUCUCACAGACAUUCAUGUAUCCAAUUUUUUUCUCCAUGCUGUUUGUUUAUCUCUCCCUCCUUGUGUCUAACAUUGGUGUCCUGGUAGUCAUCAUCAAAGAAAGAAAUUUGCACCAACCAAUGUACAUCCUCUUCUGUAACCUGUCUGUAAAUGAUCUGAUUGGCAACACUGUCUUGUUGCCUCGCCUCAUGGCUGAUAUUGUUUCAACUGAGAGGUUUAUCACGUACAGCCAAUGUGUUACUCAGGCCUUUUUCAGUCACAUGUUUGGAUCAGCCUCACAUAUGAUACUGAUCAUUAUGGCCUUUGAUAGGUAUGUGGCCAUAUGUUACCCGUUAAGGUACACAUCAAUAAUGACAACCAAAACUGUAGUUACGCUGUCUGUGUCUGCUUGGGGGGCUUCACUUGUUUUAGUGUCUGUCCUACUGGGUCUCACCAUAAGGCUUUCCCGUUGCAGUUCAAUCAUUCGAAAUGUUUAUUGUGACAAUGCAUCAUUGUUCAAGCUAUCCUGUGAGAACGUUUCAAUCAACAACAUUUAUGGACUCUUUUUCACAGUGCUGCUCUUUACUUCUUCAAUGGGAAGCAUAGCUGUCACUUAUUUCAGGAUUGCUGUGAUUUGCUGGACCAAGAAAAGCAAGGAGCUGAACAACAGAGCAUUGCAGACCUGUGCAAGCCACCUGGUGGUGUAUCUCAUUAUGCUGUGGAGUGGGUUUCUAACCAUCAUACUGCAUCGCUUUCCAGACUAUCCAUAUUUGAGAAAACUGGCUUCUGUUCUAUUUCAUGUUGUCCCUGCUCAUUUUAAUCCAAUUAUCUACGGCAUGCAAACAAAGUCAUUGAGGCAGAAAAUCAUACAAAUACUCUGUCGGAAAGUUACACACUCAUAAUACAGAUAUUACUAUGUAAAUCAAAUCGAAAGGCUUGAUUAUUCUGGUCCUAAAACACCCAAAACAAAAUGGUUUGUAUUUUAACAGAUGCCAGUCUUAAAAGCUGUGUUCUUGGUACUUCUCUAACAUAUUCAUCAUCUCCAGCACCAGCCCAACAUCAACAUACAGUACGUGAAAAUGCCGUGUUUCUAUGUCUUGUAGUCAAAAAGAUAGAGUAAGAUAAGUGUUUCCGAUGACAUCAUCUGCUGUGUAUCAUGUGAUUUGAACCAAUUAUGUGCAGGCAAUGAGCAGAAAAACUUGUGGCAGCAAUUGCAAUAUUUCCCUCUAAAGGUUAUGUUUUGCCAUUUUCACAUAUUUUGAUGUUGGGGUGGUGAUGGAGAUGAUGAAUAUGAAGAUUAAAUAAUUGUUUUAUUACCCUUUAAAGGUUAUGUUCUGUAAGAUAUUAAGAGGUAUGAAUGAGGGAACCGUAAAGGUGACAAUGAGCACACGUUGUUAAUCAGGCUUUCCUGUCUGUGUUUAAUCGUUACCUUGUUGCCAGUCAAAAUGGUAUCUCAAUUGAGACCUCUAGUGUCUGUUAGCUGAAAAUGCAGAGGGAAGUUGCAGGGAUGCUCAAAUCCAAGCCUGAAGGUCUGCAAUACUGCUGGUUUUUAGGUGAAUUGAGAGAUUGUCACUGAUGGCCAGAAAUUCCACUCACCUGUAACGGAUUCACUCUAUAGAGCCAACCUGGAACAGAGAGACUGAUAAAGAGCUUCCAUCUCUAGCUGGCCUCCGCCCGGUACCCUGUCCUGAACCUUAGACACUGUCACUAAUCGGCUACCAACCAGUACUCUACCCUGCACCUUAGAGA